CUGUACUUAGUAUAUAUACGUUACAAAUGUCGACACACUUUAUUUAUUUGACUUUUGACGAGAUUAUACGUCUGCCUUACAUGAACAUCUUCAAUAGGACUUAAUACAGCUCAUUGGAGUGUAAGACCAAAGCAUAACAAAAUCCUCUACCAACACAAACAUUUGGAAUACGGGGGUCAAAUUGAUUUAGAAACGCCAAGUCAUUUUAGAUGUACCUGUAUGAUUGAGUAAAUCUGGUUUGACUUUCGACGGAACACUGACCCUGGAAUAGAUAAGAGAAAGGGACAAAAUACACCUGGAUAUCAGCCCAACAGUGUCUAAAUGAUAUUUCGUUGUGGGAAUGUUAAUGGUUUCGUACUGAAAGGAAAUCAUAAUGUUUUCUAUCAUUAAUAUUUUAAUACAGACCCUGGAAUAUGUAGCGGUAGAAUGAAUGCCAGUGUCCUAUGGCAGUUCAAAUAUGUAUUGGAAACAUUUGUUGGAAUAUCAUCUUCCAUAAGGACACAAAAUGAACUGUAAAUGUACCAACAAUUCAAAGAAACAUUGAUGAUAUGAAAUUUUGAGAUCCUGUGGGAGUGAUAAAAUUUGGUGUUGAUAUACAGAUAUAUAUCUAGAAACUUGUUGGUGAUAUUGCUUUGAUGACAUCAUAUUGUUACCUUGCAUCUGACGGCGUGAUUACCUAAUUAUAAAAUCUAUCAUUUAUUGGAAAAUGCAUUGCACUACUGUAUUGGGAUUGUGAUUUUCUGUAUAGAGCCGAAGGAUUAUGGCAAUCUCGAAAUGUCCUUAAUACACGAGAAUGAUGAAUGGAGGUUUACAUUUCGUUAGCCAAGCACAUGUGAGUUGUGUUUGAUCCUGGGGUACGUCGAGGCCUACCAGUGCAAUCGGAAGAAGGAUUAUCUGUAUUUACACCUGGGCGGUCCAUGCUCAUGUAACGGACGGUAUCAUGCACGAAGAAGGCGUUAUAUGUUUAAGGACUCCCAAUGGGGUACAGAUCGGUCCUAUCAGAGUCCCAGUGGCCAAUACAUACGGUCCUGAGAAAGGUAAAAUCAACGUGGAGUUGGGCUCGCCAUUUUAUGUCCACCUCCACGAUCUCCCCGAGUACUCAAAGAUCUGCAUUGCUCAGACCGAUGUGGAUAAUGAGUAUGACAACAUCAUGAACAAGGCCUUACGGUCAUAUAAACUCCAUAGGGACAAAGAACGAGCGGACAACCGACAAAAACUGCUCAAAACCGCCUAUAAGAAACGAUGGCAUGUUCCCCACGCCCCAUCUCGGCCGGCUACCCCCGACCGGAAGCCACGCCCAAAAUCGUCUUUGCCUCCCAAGAUGGAUGCUAUCAAAGAGGUUCUGGAGGCCAAUACAACCAAUGGCAGUUAUGACAGUUCAGAACCGAAGAAACCAGUGGACGUGAAACGUGUGACGUUAUCAAUGGACUCCCCGUCCAUGUCCAACUCUUACAUACGGAGGAAUCAGCAGACCAGCCAGUCCUGGUAUAGUCAAAGCUGUCCCACAACCAGCUACCUCAACAGCCACAUGAUGCGGCAGUACCAGUCAAGUGGGUCUGCUAGCCCAUCCUCUUCCGCCUCUAGUAAAUCUUAUUCCGGUUCUGGCACAUCAACAAGAGCCUCUUAUUCGCCCCAACUCAAGAAAAAGACUGAGUCGUCACCGAAAAAACGACCUGAAUCUGCAAGGACAAAUUAUUCUUAUGAUGGAGGUAUAUUUGUACCUAACAAACCCAAACAUGACUAUUUUGUUAUCCACCCUGACUGGGUAUCAGAAGCUAUGUCCAUACAGAAACUGAGUCUGAAGGAGCGCCGUCCAGUCAGUAGGACUGGCACGUGGCCUGGUAGGCGAUGUAAAAGUGCCCCUCCUCCCAAACUUCGUAAUCCUAUCACGUGGGACGUGGCUCAUGGCGAGGAUAAUAAAUAUUGAAUUUAUGAUAAAAAAAAAACAAGUAUAAUAUUUCGUUGCCAUAGUGUGUACAAGUGUCGUGAAGGAAAGGAUCAGGUACGAUCGAAAAUGUCCCUGCAGUACCCUUGCUCGAUGGGUUUGCUGAAUGUGUUGUGUAUACUAUGCGCAGUAGCGUAACCGGGCAAAAUGAUUUGCACACAAUCAGGGAGGCGUGGUUCAACCUGUCGUGAACGUAUUGCUAUACUUGUUUAUAUAGUUUAAUGUUAUACGCAUGGGCACGGUGAUUUCCGGUCGGCACCAUAAACAAUCGAUAUGUCGUGGACAACGUAACUUUCAUUUAACAAAGUAGAUAUCAAAUAUACAACAAGCAGUGUUGCUUCUUCUCGUCACAAUAUAUAUUGGAUAAAAAGCAAGCAGUGUGGCUUCCGUUCAACCCAAUAUAAAACAGGCAGUGUGACUUCCGGUAAGCCUAACAGAUACUGAAUGAAUAGCAAGCAGUGUUGCUACUGGUCAACGCAAUUGAUGCUGGAUAUCAAGGCAAUGUGGCGGCUUCCGGUCAAUACAAUAUACAUGUAUAUGUAUAUAUCAGGCUGUGUGACUUCCGGUUCACGAACAGGUAGCGUCAACUACUGAGUUUAUAGUGGACAUGUUUACUUUUGGACAACAACAUAAGCACUAGGUAUUUAUAGCAAAUAUGAAUUCAGGACAGUAGCAUAAACAUUGAUGAUACUGCAAAUUCCUGGCACUUGAUACAUAAUAAAUAUGUAUAUUAACGCACGAUUAGGGAUUGACUAGGGAUUGACAGGACAUGACGAUAAAUAUGAUAGUCAAUCGACAUGAUAUAUAAUUGUGCAAAUCCUACGAUUCGAGACUUGCGGAUUUCCUCAUCUACUGUGAUCUGUUUAUCAGUUUCAACAAACUGUCAGUAUAGAUAUUUGGCUUUACUCUGGCUACAGUGUAAAUUUGAACCUAAUGUCAUGUUUCGUUUUAUUAUCAAACUGUUUGAAAAGCUCUAGAUGUUGUUUUUUUUCAAAAGCAUCAUUACUUUGUAGCUGAAGAUGGUUUAUUAUUGUUUCUUUUUCCAUGUACAGUUAUUAAUUUUUUUUCAUGUUCCACUUGACACCUUUAACUGUCAUUUUAACAUGCAAAAUAGCCAAUAAAACUAACUCUUUCUAGUCAUUCUUUCAUUAAAUGUAUAUAUUUAAAUAUAUAAAUAAGUUAUGGAUUUGUUGUUAUAAGAGGGUAUUACAUGUAUAUGUAUAUGAAAUAUCCCGGAUGAGGAAACAAGUGUCCUUAUCACUGCUAUCAUUUCCAUCACUUCUGUGGCUCUAGUAUCAUGUGUAGGCACGUGUAGGAUCAUAUUGGCUCCAGUAUCACGUGUAGGCACGUGUAGGAUCAUAUUGGCUCCAGUAUCACGUGUAGGCACGUGUAGGAUCAUAUUGGCUCCAGUAUCACGUGUAGGCACGUGUGGGAUCAUAUUGGCUCCAGUAUCACGUGUAGGCACGUGUGGUAUACAUCCAUUCUGCCUCUUACACCGAACAUGUUGAAUGUAGCAUACAUCCUUAGGACGGUACAUAUUCCUAGCUAUAAUACACAUCACGGGUGUCCUUGGGCGAAUUAUUUUUGACACGGAAACAUCGCUCUUGGUACAAUGUAUAAUAAUUUUGCCCAAACACGAAAGACUUCGACCUGAAACACUGUUCGUUCCCGGAGCUAAUUUUCAUAUCACACAUUUAAAAGGUGUAAAAAGAACGAAGAUGGAUGUCCACCCAAAGUCAUGACAGUUUUCGUUUGUUCUAUGGAGGGACCCUGUUAUAAUAUGUUGUUUUCAGACUUUUAAAUCCUGUAUUUACAUCGACAUGUACAGGUCCUUCAAGAUAUAUGCCUGAAGUACUACAUUUGUAAAUUGACGAAGCGUUUGUCUGGCUCCAUAUGGUGACCUCCAUCGUGUUGUUCUCGGUCAACUUAAUGAUCGCGUCCAAGGAAAUGCACUUGUUUAAUGUGCCAUACAUUCUCAACGCUAAUAUAAUUAUCGAAGAGAAAGUCCGUGGAUAUAUCAAUACAAAUUUGUAACAGAAAUGUCAGAUAAAAUGUGUAAUAUACACUGUAUUAUGUAUCCAAUAUUCUGGAUUACCAAGAUUCCGUAUUACUUUAUAGAACACGGUUAUGUAUCUAUUUGUUUUUCUUUUGGAAUCACAACUGUACAACGUACAUUGUCACUUGUGAAGUGGGACUACGUUAGUGUUCGAAGUUUUGCCUAGAAAAUCAAUUAAAGUCAUAUCUUUCGCCUA